GCGGGAAGCGGGUGGAGUUGUCUGACUGCCUGACCUCAGAGCCCCUGGGCUGGCUUAGCAUGACGUCAGCCCCCCUCCUCCACCCCCGCUUGUGCUGGUCUUCAAAUGCCCCCCUCCAGCUAGCUAUGCAGAAGAAGAAGAACGGAGCCGGGGAAGAGAGGGUCAAGCCAGAUCCGCAGACAUGGCACAGCAGGACGUGCCUAAGCCCACCCCAGCCGCCCGCCGCUGCUCGGGCCUGGCCCGGAGGGUGCUGACCAUCGCCUUCGCCCUGCUCAUCCUGGGGCUCAUGAUGUGGGCCUACGCGGCCGGGGUGCCCCUGGCGUCGGAUAGCUACGGCCUCCUGGCCUUCGGCCUGUACGGGGCAUUCCUGUCCGCGCACCUGGUGGCGCAGAGCCUGUUCGCUUACCUGGAGCACCGGCGCGUGGCGGCGGCGGCGCGCAGGGCGGCGGCCCGGGGACCCCCGGACGCGGCCACGGCGCGCAGCGUGGCGCUGACCAUCUCCGCGUACCAGGAGGACCCGGCCUACCUGCGCCAGUGCCUGACGUCGGCUCGCGCGCUGCUCUACCCGCGCGCCCGGCUGCGCGUGCUCAUGGUGGUGGACGGCAACCGCGCCGAGGACCUGUACAUGGUGGACAUGUUCCGCGAGGUCUUCGCCGACGAGGACCCGGCCACCUACGUGUGGGAAGGCAACUACCAUCAACCCUGGGAGCCUGCGGCCUCGGGCGAUCCCUUGGGGACCGGAGCCUACCGGGAGGUGGAGGCCGAGGACCCCGGCAGGCUGGCGGUGGAGGCGCUGGUGAGGACGCGCCGGUGCGUGUGCGUGGCGCAGCGCUGGGGCGGCAAGCGCGAGGUGAUGUACACGGCCUUCAAGGCGCUGGGCGACUCCGUGGACUACGUGCAGGUCUGUGACUCAGACACGAGGCUGGAUCCCAUGGCACUGCUGGAGCUGGUGCGGGUGCUGGAUGAGGACCCCCGGGUUGGAGCUGUCGGUGGGGAUGUGCGGAUCCUUAACCCUCUGGAUUCCUGGGUCAGCUUCCUAAGCAGCCUGCGUUACUGGGUGGCAUUCAACGUGGAGAGAGCUUGUCAGAGCUACUUUCAUUGUGUGUCCUGCAUCAGCGGCCCCCUGGGCCUGUAUAGGAACAAUCUCCUGCAGCAGUUCCUGGAAGCCUGGUACAACCAGAAGUUCCUGGGCACCCACUGCACUUUCGGGGAUGACCGGCACCUCACCAACCGCAUGCUCAGCAUGGGCUAUGCUACCAAGUACACGUCGCGCUCCCGCUGCUACUCGGAGACGCCGUCGAGCUUCCUGCGCUGGCUGAGCCAGCAGACGCGCUGGUCCAAGUCCUACUUCCGCGAGUGGCUGUACAACGCGCUGUGGUGGCACCGGCACCACGCCUGGAUGACCUACGAGGCGGUGGUGUCGGGGCUCUUCCCGUUCUUCGUGGCGGCCACGGUGCUGCGGCUGUUCUACGCGGGGCGCCCGUGGGCGCUGCUCUGGGUGCUGCUGUGCGUGCAGGGCGUGGCGCUGGCCAAGGCGGCCUUCGCGGCGUGGCUGCGCGGGCGCGCGCGCAUGGUGCUGCUCUCGCUCUACGCGCCGCUCUACAUGGGCGGCCUGCUGCCCGCCAAGUUCCUGGCGCUCGUCACCAUGAACCGGAGCGGCUGGGGCACGUCGGGGCGCCGGAAGCUGGCCGCCAACUACGUGCCCGUGCUGCCGCUGGCGCUCUGGGCCGUGCUGCUGCUCGGGGGCCUGGUCCGCAGCGUGGCCCAGGAAGCCACGGCCGACUGGAGCGGCCCUUCCCGGGCGGCCGAGGCCCACCACCUCGCCCUGGGCGCCGCGGCCUACGCCGCCUACUGGGCGCUCAUGCUCACCCUGUACUGGGUGGGCGUGCGGAGGCUCUGCAGGCGGAGGAGCGGGGGCUACCGGGUCCAGGUUUGAAGCUGGCCUUGAAGAGAUGCCCGCGAGGAUUCGCGAGAGAUCUCUGGAAGGGGCUCCCCCGAGAGCCUUGCGCUCCCUGGGCCUCAGUUUACCUCCUCUAUGAAAUGAGGGAGUCGACCCGAGACUCUUCGGUCUGCACUGCUUUGGGACUUGGACUUCUGGGUCUCUGGGGAGGGGUAUUUAUUGAUCAGGGUUGUGGGGUUUGUAGGAUCAGGGGGUAAAGGGCCCCACUUUCUCCCUGCUCUGAUUUCAUCUCCGAUGUACUGUGAUUGGGAUAUAAUAAAGAAUUUUAUUUAUUUUCUU